GCCCAAUUUGUGCUUAGUUCUUGCCAACGGUUGCAGUACGUUCGCUUCGUCAGUCCUCGGGGCAGCCGAGACGGCCCAAGAGGUGCCCACAGUCGCCCCAAGCUGUCUGCCAUUUGGGCUCCAGAUUGUUUGUGGCUCGAGCGCAGAGCGUACCCAAGAAUUACCAAGCUUCUGCCGGUGGGCACUCCGCGCCCAGUCUUGCACGAGGCCCGGCCCUGCGGCAGGCCCGGCCCCGCGGCAGGCCCGGCCGGCGGCGGGCAGCGGCCACCCGCCGGGAUGCGCGUCGGAUGGCACGCCGCCGGCGACGUGGAGAUCGUGAUGGUUCGGGAGACGCGCCGUGGCGCACCGAGAGCGAGCGCAGCACGGGGGCGCCUUCGAGCCGCGGGGGCGCGGCUGCUCCCGGGGCCGGGCGGAGAGCCCGGGGAGCGCGCGGCGAGCCUGGGGCCCGGCGGCAGGCCGGCCCGCCACCGCGGGAGCAAGGCUCCGAGGAGGAAGAGGGCGGCAAUGCUCUGCGAGGAGCGCCGGGCUGCGGGGGUCAUGAGGCCUCCGAGCGGCACCCGGUGGGUCUGCAGCGCAGCGAGCGCAGCGCGAGCAGUUUUUUGCUGCUUUUGUUUCUUGUUUUCUCUCCCCUCUCCCGGCGCCCGGGCCCCCCUGGCGGCACCUCCGGCGCCGCCCCUGGCCGCGCCAGGGAGAGGGGUCCAGCGCGAAUCCAAGAAAUCCGCGCGGGGCGCCAAAAGUUUCUGUUUAUGUUGUUUUUUCUUCUUCGAAUCCGGCCAGUGGGGUCUCCGACGAGUGGGAGCUUUCGCUUGCCAGCUCCGUCGGCCGCGCAGUCAUCCCGUGGCCGACGGGCACGUUGUUUCCUGAGGCUGGCCGGGCCCGAGUAGUUUCAACGUCUGCGUACCUCACCGUGUCGAAGGUACAGCGCAGGUGAUGCACGGAGGCUCCUGCCUGUUGGGUGUUGCGACCGCGUGCGUUGGCUCAUCGCCCCGUACAGACUCUUCUUGGAGUUGUUCGGUUGUCAGAGCCACCGCGGUUGCAGUGUAACCUCUACAGCUUUAAGACUCUGCGCAUCGCCGCGGGUGGGGCGCUCGGCUGCUGGGCGAGCCGCUGGUUGGACCAACCUCUGUAAUAAUGACAGAGGUUGUCAUCGGAUCUUAGCCAUCCUUAGCACACCUUGUUCCCGAGCUGGCUUCUAUGACAUGCGUUGAAUGCGGCGCGCAAGCAAGCGUUCUAUGUCUCUCUCUCUCUCAUUCCUGCUCUCCUCGCUUGAUCUUCAUGUCUUGAUGGACGCGUUCUCUUCUACCCCCGACCGCAUGUCGGUUCGCUUGCUGUGCCUUGGUGACUUGCACUGGCGUGAUUGCAAUUCCAUCAGCCCCUGUAAAGGGUGAUCAGCCUGCCCGGAACGAGCGUGACAGCACGUAGGGUUUUGACGCGCAAUGCCAGUUUUUUGUGUUCGCGCUGCUUCUUGUUCCUCCCUUACUCCCCAUCUCGAUGGUAGCCGAUCCGUAACGCCUCCGCCAAUUGGCAGGCCUGUCAGUGGCGAUAUACGGGGUCGUCUCGGCGACGCCCCCCGCUCCUCUAGAAGGGGACGUCUCGGGUCAGCUGUCCUCGGCUCGUCGCGGAGUGUUGCCACGUCCUGGCGGUCCAGCUUGGCUUGUUCAGCCGCUGCCGCGCAGGGCAGAUGCCGCCAGGCGAGCCCACUCGGAGCUGGUUCCCAUCAAGAGCCGGAAGAGGAGGA